AUACUCCAUGGGAGUAUAUCAUUUUCCCAUUUGGUUUCGCAUAUACCGUUUCUGAAUCCGGGCUCAGCUGGAAAGGACAGCAAUCAUGAGUUUCUCCAAAUGGUUUUUCUUAAUUUUUGUUCAGUUCUUGUUUUCUCCAAUACCCAUUUCAUCAGAGCUUAAGCUGACCUCGCAAGAGAUCCCUGGGAUUUUUUUCAAAUUGGCUAAGAAAGCUGAGGUCUUUGAUUGGAUGGUGGGGAUUAGGAGGAAGAUACAUGAGAAUCCUGAGUUGGGGUACGAGGAAUUUGAAACCAGUAAGAUUAUCAGGGAGAAGCUGGGUGAGCUGGGGAUUCCCUACAAGCAUCCAGUUGCUGAAACUGGUGUGGUUGGAUAUAUUGGUUCUGGAAAGCCUCCCUUUGUGGCAUUAAGAGCAGAUAUGGAUGCUCUAGCUUUGCAGGAAAUGGUGGAGUGGGAGCACAAGAGUAAAAUCCCUGGAAAGAUGCAUGCUUGUGGACAUGAUGCACAUGUUGCAAUGCUUCUUGGUGCUGCCAAGAUUCUUCAAGAACAUAAACAAAUGCUAGAGGGAACGGUUGUUCUUGUUUUCCAACCAGCAGAGGAAGGAGGUGCUGGGGCUAAGAAAAUGCGAGAUGCUGGAGUACUGGAAAACGUCGAGGCAAUCUUUGCUGUGCAUGUGAAACCUGAAUUGCGAUUGGGUGAAGUUGCAUCCAGACCCGGACCGUUCUUGGCUGGGAGCGGCUUCUUUGAAGCUGUAAUCAGUGGAAAAGGGGGGCACGGUGCUAUUCCACAGCACUCAAUCGACCCGAUUCUUGCUGCAUCAAACGUGAUUGUCAGCUUACAGCAUCUUGUUUCUCGAGAAGCUGAUCCAUUAGACUCUCAGGUAGUUACAGUUGGUCAUUUCCGAGGAGGGGGUGCGUUUAAUGUUAUUCCUGAUUCUGUUACUAUUGGUGGAACUUUCCGCGCCUUCUCAAGGGAGGGCAUGGUACAGCUCAGGAAGCGUAUCGAGGAGGUAAUAGUCGGGCAAGCCGCUGUGCAGAGGUGCAAUGCGACGGUUAACUUUCUGGAAAGUGAGAAGCCCUCCAUCCCACCCACCAUUAAUGACAGAGACUUGCACCAGCAUUUCCAGAAAGUUGCAGGCGAUUUGCUGGGAAGUUCUCGUGUUAAGGACCACAAACCAUUGAUGGCGGGCGACGAUUUUGCAUUUUAUCAGGAGGUUAUGCCUGGUUACAUAUAUGGACUUGGGUUGAAGGAUGAAGCUGCAGAUGACAAAUCCGCAUCAGAACACUCGCCGUAUUUUAAGGUUAACGAGGACGCCUUUCCUUAUGGCGCUGCUCUCCAGGCGUCCUUGGCAGCGAGGUACAUUCUUGAACGCCAGCUGGAAUGGGUUACAAACAAGCAUGAUGAACUGUGAGGCUCCUGCAGAGAUUAUCAUUACAUUCAAGAAAAUGCAAAGAUUUUGGCAGACAUUUCACAUUUGGAUAAUGUUUUUAUCAUUCUUGAAUACUUAUGGAUUUUUGUACUAGAAUUAGGCAUAUCUAGUGCUAGUUUGUUUAGGUAACAAGUGACACGUUUGAAUAAAUAGAAAAGGAUACAAGACUUUUAUGCAUAAACUGAAAGAAAAAAAUUACUGACCUUUUUGGAUUA